UCGCAGGAGAAUUUAGAAUUUGAUAUCGUGAUGCAUAUCAUAUCAACAAUGAGAAGGUUUUUCACCCUCUUGAUGUCGUUCAUACCAAUCGCCAUAUGCUACGUCAUUGCUACAGUUCCUGCUAAUUCCUCUGCGUCUCACGCUUUACAUGCCAUUGACUUUAUCUUCCCUAUACUAAAGGUAUUUAACUUAAAGCAUACCGGACCUGAGGACGUGUCAUUUCAUAUUUCUCCGGCAUCAGGCAGACGCGUCAGAUCGCCUGCGCAACAUUCAGUUGAGUCUAAUAUUGGUACCCUUUGAUGCUGUCUCUCAAUCAAUAGGAUAGAGGCUUUUAUGGGGGGAUAAAAUCAGCGCCUAUUCUCAGGGUUAACUUCCUUAGAUUCCUUCAUGACAGACCCGCAAGCUCUCUAUGCGCUGUGUGAAGUGCCUACUGUUGUAGGCGAACCAGGCGACUACGCAGAGUCCUUCUAUUGGGACAUGGCUGUCACGCAUAACUGCUACCUCAGAGGAUUUAAUUCAGCCUAUAUCAACGCCCCGAAGGUGACUCCUGCAGAUGAGGCAUCAUUCAUGGGUUAUUGUCUUGUGAUGACUCGAGCGCUUAAAGAGCAUCAUGACAUGGAGGAAGAAGUCGUGUUCCCCAUCCUAGAACAAAAGUUGGAUAUGCAUAGCAAUGAGGAGCAACACAGAGCCUUCCUACCUCAGAUGAUCGAGUUUAAUGAGUACUGCAUGAGGGUCCAGGCAAAGCAGGAGAAGUAUGAUGCCACGAAAUUCCGGACCCUCCUUCGAGGCUUUGCAGAUGGUUGUGCUCAGCACCUUUUGGACGAGAUUCCUACCAUUACGCCCGGCAAAAUGCACCAAUUCGACCGAGCUACGUUGGACAAGCUGAUUGCAGAUGUAAAGGUACACGUCAAAAAGGCAGGGCCACUGACUGUCUUUCCUUUCACAAUCACGAACCAUGACUAUGGUCAGAUACCACGCUGGCCGCCUGCGCCUGCGCCUAUCAUGUGGAUGGUCCGUAACGUGCUUGGCCGGUGGAAUCAAAGCCUCUGGAAAUUUUCUACUUUUGACCUUUGGGGGAACCCACAGACCUACAACGGAUAACACCAGUUCGCUGUUUCCAAUCCUUGAUCUCGCUUUUGUGUAUUCUCCUUGUAUUGAAAGUAUUCCAUAGUGCAAUGUUCAACGUUUACUUACUUAGAAACAUUAACUGACUACCAAUGAGAGCUUCAAAGAAUUCAUUUUGGAAGGACAUCGGGCGUAGCCAGCCAUUCCA